CACCGUCUGUUUUUGCGCGUAGUGCUCCUGUCAACCAUGCAUACAGCCACACCAGGUGGGACAUACCUUAGCUGUAAGGAUUGGGAUGAUUGACAGGGCAUGUAUCGCAUUCGUCACCUCGGACAGGGUUUCUCCAGUCGAAUCUUGGUACGCCAAAGGCGGGAGGUUGGAUGGAGCCGAUAAAGAAUGGUCCACUUCACGUGUUUUCCAGGGGGCUGAAGGAAUGAGGAACGAGGAAUGAACGCCCGGU